GCCGUAGAAGAACACAAUCUGUGACCUCACUUCCGGCGUACUGCUCGUGCGUUUCCUUACUCGUCCGCUGUUCUGGUUGAGAAGGCCAAAUAGCGACUGUCCGUGUAUUUAGCUCGAGAUGUCUGCAGCAUUACGAGUGCUCUACACUGCAUCCAGGCCAGGAUCAUUAUUGGUCGGUCAAAAUCUUGCACGUCCUCUCAGCCUAUCAGCACACAGGGCUGGAGUUAAAUAUGUCAAUAAUCUGGAAGAUGCCACAGAUAUGAAGUCCAUCACGGACCGUGCGGCUCAGACUCUUCUUUGGACAGAGUUGUUUAGAGGGUUGGGAAUGACAUUGAGCUACCUUUUCCGUGAGCCUGCUACCAUCAACUACCCGUUCGAGAAGGGCCCUCUGUCACCCCGUUUCCGUGGUGAACAUGCACUGCGCAGGUAUCCCUCUGGAGAGGAGCGAUGCAUUGCGUGUAAACUGUGUGAGGCCAUAUGCCCAGCCCAGGCCAUCACAAUUGAGGCAGAACCCCGCGCUGACGGAAGCAGGCGAACCACACGCUAUGACAUUGAUAUGACCAAAUGCAUCUACUGUGGCUUCUGCCAAGAAGCGUGUCCUGUGGACGCAAUUGUAGAGGGCCCCAACUUUGAGUUCUCAACUGAGACUCACGAGGAACUGCUUUAUAAUAAGGAGAAACUCCUCAACAAUGGAGACAAGUGGGAAGCUGAGAUCGCUGCCAACAUUCAGGCUGACUAUCUCUACAGAUAAACAGUCUGUCAGUUACGCUUUAUGGACUGUCUCAUCUCAACCCAGUAUCAGUACAAGAUUUAUCAUGUUCCCUUCUCUAUCGAAAAUAAGUUUCAAUGGCAUAAUGCAGGUUUGGUUUAGUUACAGUUGUGCCGAGUGCUCUUUUUCAAAACCAAGGAAAUGACUUUUUUAAAUGCACAUACUGAUUUCUAUUUUGUAGUGUUAGAUACAUACAACAUGGAGUUCAACCUCAGCACAUUUAUGUCACAUACAAUACAGUGACCUUUGUGGUGCUUUACAUUUUGAUGUACAUCUAAAGCAUGUCAAGUUCUUGCUGUGGCUGUAGUAUUCUCAUACAGCAGUCGCAGAGGAACUGACAGCUAAAUAACCAUAUUGUUAUGGAAAACUGAAAUGGGCGAUGCACCGCUAUGAGGUCUACUGUAUGUUAAAUCUUCACUUUAAGAUACUCCAUUUGUCCACCCCCUACCCCUUAUGUGCAUCCGAAGGAUACAAAGGAAGAAGAUAUGUAAUGCUUAAUAGCACUUCAAGUUUGUUGAAUUAUUCUCACGUGUAUCUAUUCAGGUAAACAGUUUUAUUUGUCCUCGUGAGAAUUGUACAAAGACUAAAUACUUGUGGACCGUAAAUAAUAAAUGAAUGCUCUGUCCAAAUCUUUCA